UUGGCAAGCGUGGAAGUCAGGGAUAGAAGAGGGAAGAGAAAGGCCGAGGACAGCGGGGCGGCUUUGACAGCGCCAGGCCGCACUGGUAGGGUGCUCAGGUGCACGGGGGGCCUCAGCAUCACCACGGCGGCGGGAGGGAGUGUGCGCCCCGCCUGUCUCCGGGAGGAGCCUGCAUCCGCACCCUCUGUGCUGCCUGGUCCUUUGCGAGGACAGCUGGGAAGAGGCGACGAGCAGUUGUGUUCCUUCUCAGUUUUUAAGCUGAGACAGUGGGUGUGGUUUGGGGGCCAUCACCUGCCCUUCUCAAGUACCACCCUGCCCUGUGCAUCCUGGCUCUCCGUGGCUCCUGCUUUCUUCCAGAUUUGCUUCAUUGCAUAUCCAUCACCAUACCUCCACAGGUGCUUUUUGGUUGAUAGUUGGAGCCCUCAAGCAAUAUGCCAGAGCAGAGCAAUGAUUACCGGGUGGCUGUGUUCGGAGCAGGUGGUGUUGGCAAGAGCUCCCUAGUCUUGAGGUUUGUGAAAGGCACAUUCCGGGAGAGCUACAUCCCCACUGUGGAAGACACCUACCGGCAGGUCAUCAGCUGUGACAAGAGCAUCUGCACACUGCAGAUCACAGACACUACAGGCAGCCACCAGUUUCCCGCCAUGCAAAGGCUGUCCAUUUCCAAAGGGCAUGCCUUCAUCCUGGUGUACUCCAUCACCAGCCGGCAGUCCUUGGAAGAGCUCAAACCCAUUUAUGAACAAAUCUGUGAGAUCAAAGGGGAUGUGGAGAGUAUCCCCAUUAUGCUAGUGGGGAACAAGUGUGAUGAGAGCCCAAACCGCGAGGUGGAGUGCAGUGAGGCAGAGGCCCUGGCCCGCAAGUGGAAGUGUGCUUUCAUGGAGACCUCAGCCAAGCUCAACCACAAUGUGAAGGAGCUCUUUCAGGAGCUGCUCAACCUGGAGAAGCGCAGGACCGUGAGCCUACAGAUUGAUGGGAAAAAGAGCAAGCAGCAGAAAAGGAAAGAAAAGCUUAAAGGCAAAUGUGUGCUCAUGUGAAUGUCCUUCUCAUGUCCCCUGUCACCUUGCCUUCCCCCUUCCCCAUGAAACCCACCAUCGUCAGGGUAGCAUGUAAGAUGCCCAUAUGUUAUAUAUUGCAUUUUGACUGAGACAUGCCCUAUUGUCCUUAAGAAGGCAUUUCACACCACCAACAAUAAGCCCCACUCCCCACCCCUGUUCAGAACCAGGGAAUCUGCCAGAUAGUCAAAAUGGAAAUGAACAUGCUCUGCCUCGCAGGGAGCUGAGAGGUACCAGCAUUCUCUGAAGGCAUCAUGUGCCAUUAGGAGGUACCAUGAGCUGAAGGGAGCCACUGUCACCUGCAUGUGUGCCUGAGCAUGUUCACCUGGAGCCUCAGGUGCUACCACAGACCAGGCCUUUCCCACUGCUCAAAAGCCAGUGCCUCCUUGAGGGAGGGGAGAGGCUGGAGGAAGUGAAAAGACCAGGCCAAAGUGGCUGUAUUUCCUGUUUUUUUUUUUAGCUGGAUUAAAAUAGAAUAACAGCCUCCCACAGAGGAUGCUCACUGCAAUUCCCAGCUGACCUGUGCGCCUUGCUUCCCAGAGGGAGUAUACUCACCUCACUAGACCUAGUUAGCAGCUAUUGGUUUAACCUUUUAGAGAGUUUCUUUUCAUACACAAUGAAUGAUGAGUUCACUACAAGUGUGCUGCUCUGUCAAGGAUUCUUCGGUGUGUGAGUAAGGAUAUUGUGACUUUAUGAACACCCUGCAUUACUCCUAUGUUAGACUUAAGGGUUUUACGUGUGAAGUUUCCUUCCUUUAAUCCGUGAAGGAUAUAACUUCUUCCAGCCUUCAGAUUUUAAAUAAAAGCAAUUAAGGUAGAUAUUUCUCUUUUUCUGAAAGAUGGAUUUCUUCUUUUAAAUAACUCAGUGUGUAUCUAGCUGGGCAACAGCUGACACUAAAAGACCAUCUGAAGGCCAGAAGCACAUUUGUCUUCUAAGUGACACAGACAUGAGUAUGCCAUACUUUGCACCUUAAUGAAAUAGUUUCAAACAAGUUCUUCACUGUGUUUCAGUGACUUAACUAUAACAGCAUAUUUCUGGAAAAUGUCUUCAAGUAGUAGGAGGUUAUCUUGCAUUUUCCAUAUAAAUGUCUCCUAAGAGCUGUUCAAUGCAGUGUUCACUUGGGAAACAAUUAUCUUUUUCUCCUAAUGAUCUUGUGUGCAUUCUAAUCCUUCAAACUGAAUUACAGCCACUGCUGGUUCCUGCCUGCUGGUGUGCAGACAGGAUGGUUGGAGACAGGGAGGACAGAGCCCACCGCUUUCAAUUGUCCUGCUAUCCUUGAGUCUGGUUUGGCUCUGCUUCCUGAAAACUCCCACUGGCAGAGCCUGUUGAGUUCUCCUGUCUGUUCCAGUGAGCAUAACCCAUGCUGUCCACAACUACAGAACCUUUCUUGCAGCAGUCAUUCCUGUGGCCUGCAGGGAGUUCUCUGGCUGUGGAUAGCAGCACCAGCCUGGGGAGAGUUCUCAAAUGUGGAAUGAUUGCAUGCACAUCCUGUGGGUUUCCUCACAUGGCACCUGACCUUCCUGAGCAGGGCUGAGGCAGCACAACUUGGCAGCUCCUGUUCUCAACAAAUCCUAAAUUUACCCCCUCUGGUUAAAUUGUCCUUUCCUCUGUCUCAUCCUCCCUACUCCUCUAAUAACUCCCCCUUGGGAUAGGUUUAGUGUGUGGGAUUUGCUUUGAGAACCAUUUGCUCUGUGGUCUUGCCAUCACUGUGGCCUCUGAGAACAAAUCCUGAGCAGGGAGGAUGUGGAAGGAGCCUGGGCAUCAGCAGGGAUACCCAGAACCCCUCUCCAGGCCCCAUCCAAGUCCUAAUGGGUAUGCUUCCCACGGGUUUGUCCUUUUCCAAGUGGCUGACUCACAGCCCUCACAGUGAGAUUGAGUUGGUGGGUUUUCUAGGACAUUUGUGUUUGAACUUGUCUCUACAUUUUUUCUAUUUCUAUAAUCAGAGAAAAUGUCAUCAAUUUUUAUUUUGGUUAUGGGUUAAGUGGAAAAAGAAACAAGGCUUAAUGGCCAGAGUGGAAUUUAGAAAUCUUGCAGGGGCACUUUACUAACAGUAAAAUGGGCGGCCUCCCACAGGCUGCCAUGUCCAUGAGGCUUCCAGUGUGUGAUCUCCCUGCCAACCAUCCGGUUCCCACCGAUACAGGUCAGAAUUGCUUUUCGCCCUCUCAAGCUGGUGUCUACAUUUUUAAGUGCUUAGAGCUUCAUCAAUACAAGAAACUUGUCAUUAGUGAAAAUUUGAUCUCAUUCAGGACACAUUUUGUUCCUCUGCAUUUUGCUUAUGAGUUUACAGGAAGGCUAUUGAUGCUCCAAUCACAAGUCUUUGCUCUGAGAUCAUUUUCUAUGAAUGGAACUGAUAGUAUUGUGAUUAUGGCAAAUAGUCUUUCAGGAGUUCCCCAACUGGUUCAGGAGUUAGUGCCAUUGAAUUAGAUGUUGUUAGCAUUUAUGUGGCCCCAUCCCAAAUAUGUAGUUGUAGUUCUUGAGGAUGCACCCUACAUUGCAUAUGGGCACAGAAGUUUUGACCUAGCAGAGUAAGUAAAAAACUCAAAAUAUUGCUUUGAAGAUGAUGCUCUGGAAAUAAGCAUGGGGCUCCAAGGCAUUCCCUUCUGUCCCUGCCACUCCUUCCUUCGUCCAGUGACAAGCCAUGGGCAUGCCCUGGGCAUGCCUGCAAUACAGCAAGAUUAAUAUAAGAGCAAUAUCAAAUUGUUCAUCAGAUCAAAAUUUUAUCUAUAACAACAUAUAUAUAGUUUAUCUUCCUGCAUUUUUGAAGUAUAAAGUAGUACAUUGUAUGUAUCCAUGUUAGUAUGUUUAUUUUACUGUUUGUAAUAUUUCAGAAAUGCUCAUUCUUUGUGGAAUAAAAAUAUAUUACAUAUUUAAAAAGUUGCUCUGUGAAAGUUUUUUUUCAAAAUGUGUAAUGUGUUGCUCCUACAUCAGCUUUCUGGAAGUAUCCAUAAUUCAUGGGAGACAUGUCAGCCCUCAAAGCUCCAUCCUGGAAUUCAGAAUCCCACAAAGACAACUGUGGACAGAGUAUUUAUAGAGCAUGACUUUUAUAUGUAUGGGAUGUCAAUGUGUAUAUUUAUAUUUAAGGUGUAUUUAUUGUUACACUUCCAUUAUCUGUUAUGUUUUCCUUAUUCUACAGUGAUAAAAAUUGCCCUUGCAUUCAAGUUUCUAGUGGCCAGUGAUGUUCUGAGAAUAAUGAAAUAUUAAAAUAAAGCUUUAGU